AAAGAGGAGCGAAACAUGAGAGCCCCGAGGAGAUGUGAGAGCAGCACAGUCCGGGCAGCUGGAGAGGACAGAGCAUUCCUGCACCGUGCCAAACUCCCGGGCACACCCGCGGCGCUGAGCCCUACCUGCACUCAGGACACCUGGCCUGCUGCGCCGGGCCACAAGAUGCUGCUCUUCCAGUGGAUGCUGGUUUGGGGGGCUGCUGGGCUGCUCGUUCUGGAGUGUGAAGCUAAAUAUGGGGAGAAGAGUGACUCUGGGGUCAGGAGGAGAAGGUGCCUGAAUGGGAACCCCCCCAAACGUGUCAAAAAGAGGCAUAGGAAGUUACAGAGCCUGGAGCUGGGGGGAGCUGGAUGUAGAGGACUGUACCCCCGGCUCUCCUGCUGCCCCAAACCUGAGAGUGCGGGCAUGCAUAUAGAUCCCAAGAUAUUUUCAGUUCCUAACAACACAGAAUGUGCAAAAAUCCUUGAGGAAAUCAGAUGUGCCUACUGUUCACCACAUGCCCAGAAUCUCUUCCAUCCUCCAGAGAGCACCGAGACAUUUGAAAAGCAACUGGUGGUCCCUACCUUAUGCAAGGACUAUUGUAAGGAAUUCUAUUACACAUGCCGAGGACAGAUACCAGGUUUACUGCAAACAACUGCAGAUGAAUUCUGCUUCUACCAUGGAAUGAGGGACAGUGGCCUGUGUUUUCCAGACUUUCCAAGAAAACAAGUUAGAGGACCAGCAUCAAACUACUUGGACCAAAUGGAGGAGUAUGACAAAGUGGAAGAGAUCAGCAGAAAGCACAAGCACAAUUGCUACUGCAUUCAAGAGGUUAUGAGAGGCAUGAGGCAGCCAGUUGGAGCAAUGCAUAGUGGAGAUGGAUCACACCGACUCUUUAUCCUUGAAAAGGAAGGUUAUGUGAAGAUUUUUACCCCGGAAGGAGAUUUAGUAAAGGAGCCUUUCCUGGACAUACAUAAACUGGUUCAAAGUGGAAUUAAGGGAGGAGAUGAAAGAGGACUGCUAGGCCUUGCAUUCCAUCCCAAUUAUAAGAAAAAUGGAAAGCUGUAUGUGUCAUACACCACCAACCAAGAGCGUUGGGCCAGCGGACCUCACGACCACAUUCUUCGAGUUGUAGAGUACACAGUAUCUAGGAAGAAUCCUAGUCAAGUGGAUGUGAGAACCGAGAGGAUGUUUCUUGAAGUGGCAGAACUGCACAGAAAACACUUGGGAGGACAGCUCUUGUUUGGUCCAGAUGGCUUCUUGUAUAUUUUUCUAGGAGAUGGAAUGAUAACGAUUGAUGAUAUGGAAGAAAUGGAUGGUUUGAGUGAUUUCACAGGAUCAGUACUAAGAUUAGAUGUCGACAUUGAUGGAUGCAGUGCUCUCUACUCCAUACCAAGAAGCAAUCCUCACUUUAAUAGUACAAACCAGCCCCCUGAAAUCUUUGCACAUGGACUCCAUAACCCAGGCAGAUGUGCUGUUGAUCGUCAUUCCAAGGAAAGCAGCAUGAAUUUAACAAUCCUAUGCUCAGAUUCCAGUAUCAAGAACAGGUCUAAUUCAAGAAUAUUACAGAUCAUUAAAGGAAAAGAUUAUGAAAAUGAUCCACCACUGUUAGAAUUCAAGCCACUGAGCAAUGGACAAACAGUUGGUGGCUUUAUCUACAGAGGCUGUCAAUCAGAGCGGCUGUAUGGAAGCUAUGUAUUUGGAGACCGUUAUGGAAACUUUGUAACGCUCCAGCAGAACUCCAUCACUAAACAGUGGCAAGAGAAGCCAUUCUGUCUUGGCACCGGCUCUUCCUGCAGAGGACCCUUCACAGGACACAUUCUGGGUUUUGGAGAAGAUGAACUAGGUGAAGUCUACAUACUGUCAAGCAGUAAAAGUAUGACUCAGACACACAGCGGAAAACUUUACAAGAUCGUUGACCCUAAAAGACCAACAAUGCCUGAAGAAUGUAAGCGGACAGUGAUACCACCUCAGCCCCUGUCAUCUGAGUGUUCCCGACACUGUAAAAAUGGCCAUUGCACACCCACAGGAAAAUGCUGUUGUAAUCAAGGAUGGGAAGGAGAAUUGUGUCGAAUUGCAAAGUGCGAUCCUGUGUGUCGACAUGGAGGCGUCUGCGUGAGGCCAAACAAGUGUUUAUGUAAAAAAGGUUACCUGGGACCACAGUGUGAGCAAGUGGACAGAAACAUUCGAAGAGUGGCCAGGGCAGGUAUUUUAGACCAGAUCAUUGAUGUGACGUCAUAUUUGCUGGAUCUCACCAGCUACAUUGUAUAGUUAUCACGGACUGCUUGGAUACCUUCUGAACGGGCAUUUAUUUUUAAACCAUGUAAAUUAAACAAACAAAAAGGACUUUGUAAUUCUGCUCUAAAUCCCUGUGUUUUAAAAUAUUUUUAUUAAUUUAAAUAUAUUGUCCAUAAAAGUGAGUUUGUGUGUGUAAUUUAUGAAUACUUGAGUGUAUAUGUAUGUGUGAAGAUAUAGACAAUAUUCAUUUAUUAAACAUUUUGGUAUUGUAAACACUGGCUGCGACAAGGUCAUGUGAGCAAGUUUAUACUUUUUGGUUGUCUCUAAAAUAACAUUAAAAUAGUUAUUUAGAUUAAAAUUUGUCAAGUGUACAGUAUUUCAUUUGUAUCUACUAUGGGAGGGGACACUUUUUCAUGAAUCACUUUUGCUUUUUUUAUAUUAUCUCAGGUAAAUUGCAUUUUUUUAGCUUUCACAGGUCAUUUUACUAUAUUAUAAUAGUAAUGCAAAAAGUAUUAUUUGCAAUAAACCUGU